AUGCCCGAGACUACCGUGAUAUCCAAUACCCAAGAAGCUCCAAUUGUUCCCGGCAUCUCUGUGACCGUUCACGGCGUCUCUGUGACACCGCUGACGCAAUGCGCUCACUGGCACUCUCCGCUCGACAUCAUCGCCAUCAAGCACUUCUGCUGUCAAAAGUUCUACGCUUGCAUCAGCUGUCAUGACGCCUGCGAAUCACACAUGUCUUCUGUCUGGCCUUUUGCGCGCAGAGAUGAGAGUGCGGUACUUUGCGGACAGUGCAAGCACAUCCUGACUAUUUCCGAAUACAUGGAGAGCGGAAGCAAAUGUACGCGAUGUGCGAGCGCAUUCAAUCCAGGGUGCAAGAACCAUUGGGCAUUGUACUUUGAGCUUAGCAAGGAGCUGUAG